AUAACAGCUUGUAUUAUUUAAAAUGAUCAGUAUUUGUCCACUCUUAAAAUAAACCUUUUGCAAAUACACAGUUAUACAUUAUUAGACCGUUAACCGCACCAUUAUUUUCAGCCAAUUCACAUUUUGUUAUAUAACUUUAUAUGCUCAAAACAACUGCACAUCCACGCACAUUGAAGCGAGCAUACAUAAUCUCCCCUCCCACAGGCUCUCAGUCUCUCCUCCCCAUUCUACCCCACUCACCAUGCACUGGAGUCCGUAGAAACACCGUAGCAAGAAUACCAAAACAGCAGAGCAUCAUCAGGAUGGCUUCACCUCAUCCAGGUAGCCCACCAGCCGCAGAGCAGUAUGCACCACUGCCUUCUGAGACCGAGCCCAACAAAGAACCAGACAACUCAUCAGAACAACCUACAAAAAGAAGAGGCAAAGGGAGACCCCCAAAAACUUUGCACACUUUUAAAUGCUCAACCUGUCAGGAGGUCUUUACCAGCCCUUCAGCUCUACAGAGCCACAAGCUGUUGGUACAUGGUAAAGACAAACAGCAGCAAUACACCUGCGGUAAGUGCACAAAGACAUUCUCCAGCCGGGCACAGCUUUCCAAGCAUCAGCGCUCCCACGUUGCUCAGCGUCCGUUCCAGUGCCCACACUGCCAUAAGGCUUACAAGACUCCAACAGAGUUACGCAACCACAGCCGUUCACACACAGGGGAGAAACCGUUUGUUUGUUUUGACUGUGGCAAGGCAUUUAUGCAGGCCAUUUGCCUGCGUAUCCACAUGACGCAGCACAGUGGCGAAAGGCCUCACUCUUGCCCUCAUUGCUCUAAGAGUUAUCCCACACUAUCCAAACUCAAAGUGCACCAACGAUCACACACCGGGGAGAAGCCUUACUUUUGUUCCGAGUGUGGGAAGAGUUUCGCUGACCCUUCGGUGUACCGCAAGCAUCGGCGUAAUCACCAAGGCCACCGACCGUAUUCUUGCGGCCAGUGUGGUAAAACGUACACAGAGCUGAAGGACUUGAAGAACCAUGAGCGUUCGCACACGGGCGAGAAGCCUUACCUGUGUUCAGACUGCGGCAAAGCCUUCUCCCGGUCAUCCUCUUUGGCGUGCCACUUGCGAAUCCACUCCAAGAGCAAGCCGUAUCAGUGUGAACAGUGUGGCAAAGGUUUUACUCAGCUGUCCUCGUACCAGUCCCAUCUUCGUACCCACUCGGGUGAAAAACCCUUCUUGUGUCCACAGUGCGGCAAGAUGUUCUCCGAUCCCUCUAGUUUCCGCCGACAUCAACGGGCGCAUCAAGGAUUCAAGCCGUACCCUUGUGACAAGUGCACUAAGAGGUUUCGGCAGCCGGCAGACCUUGCGGUGCAUCAGCGUGUGCACUCAGGUCAGCGGCCCUACAAAUGCCAAUGCUGCGAUAAAGCUUUCGUCGCUUCUUGGGAUCUGCGGCGCCACAUGCUAGUUCACUCCGGGCUGCGGCCUUUUUCUUGCACGGAAUGUGGCAAGUCCUUUACGGAGCGCUCAAGUCUGAACAAACACCGAAGGGUGCAUUCAGGGGAGCGUCCUUACAAAUGCCAGCUGUGCUUCAAGUCGUUUGUUGUGUCAUCCAGUUUGCGCAAACAUGAGAGGACACACUUGUCCGAGAGGCCGUUGCAGGUCCAGGUCACUCCUGAAACGGCUCAGAUGUUUCCCACCACCCUUCCCCAGUUUUCCUGCUCUCACUGUGAUAUGAUAUUCGGGACAUGGGAGGAAGUGCAGGCCCAUACCAGCCUUCACACUGUCUCUCCCCCGUCUGAUUCUAUGGUUUCAGCUUUGCCUGUUGGCCCACAUGUUUGUGUGACCUGCCAGGCAGAGUUUGCUCAGCUGGCUGAUCUGCAGACACACGAGAAACUGCACCCCAAGCUGCGACCUCACGUUUGUGACCAGUGCGGUAAGGGUUUUCUGAAUAAAGCCGGGCUUCGUAAACACCAGCGCAUCCACUCGACCAAUCGGCCACAUUGCUGCACUGUUUGCGGAAAGGCUUUUCUUUUCGCUGCCUACCUACGCAAGCACUUACGCACCCACCGCGACACUGAGUCCUCAUCCUCCAUGCCUCAGACAGACGUAGUGCACAGCCAACCCCUGCCGUCCCCACCUAAUGCUGCAUCACCGUCGGGAUCUGAACCCACCGCUAUUUCUCUGACUGUUCCGGUGACUGUGCCGGUGUCGGCAUUUCGGACAAUGCCAGCCCAUAUGUAUAUAGACAAGGAAGAGGGGCUCUGAACUUGUUGCUGACCGUGUCAGCUGUUUUGAACAUUUGAGCAAUGUUCACAUUUUUGUUACUGCUGUUCUAUUCACAAAACAAAGAGAAUCUUGCAAAAAGCCUGAAAAUCAAUAAAAUCUCAUUUUUAAAUAGGAUUAAAUGCUUCAAUGCAUAAAUAGUCACAAAAUGAUGUCUUUAAUUUGCCUUGAUAUUGUGCAAAAAUGUAUUUAUCUUUAGAAAUGUGCCAAGAUUGCUGAGAGGACUCUUAUUUUUAAGGUAUGUCUGAAUCAAAGAGUCAGUCAAUGGUUCUCCUCAGUGUCAUAACCACAGAUUUAAUCUAUGUCAUGUUUAUACACUUGAAAUCAGUGUAAUAAUUGAAUUCUGAUUUUAAUCACAAGUCCAAUGACUCAUUUAAAUCAAUAA